AUGUUUCCUUUUGCACUGAAGACAUUCAGAUGUGAGGAAAAUCACUCGGCUGGGGAAAGCAAACGCUGUCGAGAAUAUCUCACAAACACAGAUUACACGUCAGCAGGGCUCUUCAAAGGACUAAAAGCUAAAGGCGACGAUGGAUUCAUUCGACAAGUCCUAGUCGGGCGCCCUGGUGAGUGCCAGACCCUGCUCCCCGCGAGGGAACCCACGAGCGACCCUGGCCACCAUCCCUGCCCUGGUGGAGCCCCCGUGCGGGACACAGGAUCCGAAGAUGUCAGCGAAAGCUCCGCAGCGGCCCCGAAAGCGACUGGGCGGGGUGGGCACAGGCUCCCUCACUGGGUGAAGGCGGCUCAAAGAACGGGAAGAACCAACCCGGGCGCCCACCGGGCGUUCAGCUUCCCUUGGGACCCCAGGCGGUUCGGGCUGGGUCGCCGACCGGGGAGUUUCUGGGGGCUUCUGAAGCAGGAGAGGGGCAAGGCAGGCGAAGGCCAUUCGGCUCUCCGUCUGGCUCCAAAAUCUCUUAACGCGCAGGUGUCCAACGUGACCAGCGCGACUCACCGCUCUAAUCUCUCUGGUUUUCUAAGGCCUUGCUCAGUAGUCCUGCCGGGCAGGCGCUGA